GCUCAGUCCUCGGCCUUUCGGCCGGUCGUUGCGCUUCAUCGCUGCCCCGGGCUGCGGCCGAUUCGGGCCGCCGAUUCGGCCGAUUCGGCCGGGCGCGUCAUGACCGGCAGAUGGCUGGGCCUCCCUUGCCGCGUCCGGCGCUUGGCUUGGCAUCGAAGCCGGGAAGCCACUUGCCAGCUUUACAAGCCUUGCAAGCGAACAUGCGCCCAGACGUGGUUGCCUACACCCGGGCGGUGGCUUCAGCCACAUGGCUCCAGGCGGUGGUGCUAUUGGCAGAGGCGGGAGCCCGAAACCUGCAGGCGGAUCUCAUCCUGCUGAGCGCAGUCGCCCGGCGGUGCGAGUUGGAGGACAGCGCCUGGCGUAUCGUGCAGCAACUCCUCCAGAAGAUGCUGCACAUGGACGCCUUUGCUGUGUCCUUGGCGGUGAAUUCGUGCAGGAAGGCACUCGCCUGGCAGUCGGCUGCGAAUUUGCUUCAAGACCGCCAAACUCCCGCGAGUUCCAUGGCCCGCAAGGCGGCGCUCCUGGCCUUGCCGCAAUCCGCCUGGCGCGCGAUGCGUUUGCCGGAAGAAGAGGACGACAUCGAGGUGCAGAACACGGCCUUGAAACUCCUGGUCGGAGAUGUUCAGUGGCGCCUGGCGCAGGCACACUUCCAGCAACUUUUGACAAAGCGCGUGCAGAUCAGCCGCGUCACCAGCAACAGCCUCAUCAGCUAUGGCUCUUGGCAACGAGGCCACGCGUGGGUGGCGCGCUUCGGCUGCGACAGGGUGGGCCUCAACGCGGCGCUGCAUCUCGCGCCGUGGCGCCAAAGUCUGGCGCUGCACCACGCCUUGGGCGAGGGAGGUUUCGACGCGGCGGGGCAGGGGGCGGUGGCCAAGGCCUGUGAGGAGGGCGCCGCCUGGGCGGCGGCGCUGCGGCUGCCGCCCUUCCGCAGCUCCGCGGCGCGGAGCUGCGCCGCGGGCGCCUGCGCGCGCGCGGGGCGGGUGCUGCACGCGGAGGCGCUGCUGGAGGCGCGACGAGAGGAGGCAGAGCCGGCUUCGUGCGACACGGGGCUUUUCAACACCGUGAUGAGUGGUUACCAGUGGCUCGGCCGUUGGCGCGACACGCUGCGAUUGCUGCGGCGCCUUCUGCAGUGCCAGCUCGAGGCGCAGGUCGUGAGCUUCAACGUGGUGAUCGGCGCCUGCGGGGAGGCCUGGCGCAAGGCGCAGCUGAUGCUGGAGGAGCUCGCGGUGCGGCAGCUGCGUGCGAGCACGGUGAGCUUCAACUCCGCCAUCGCUGCGGAUGGCCGGUGGGAAGGCAGCCUGCAGCUGCUUCGCCGGCUCGAAGCAAGGGCUCUGCCGCCCACCCGCGUCUCCUUCAACGCAGCCAUCGCGGCGCUCGGCGGCGCCUGGUGGCGGUCCUGGGACUUGCUGCGCGAGCUGAGGGACCACGGCCUGGAGGGCGAUGUGGCCAGCUACGGCGCCCUGGCCGCCGAGUGUGGCGGGGUAAUCGGCGGCUGGCGGCGCGCCAAGACAUUGAUGGAGAUCCUCCGGCGCCAGCAGCUCGCGUUGAACCUCGCACUGAGCGCCGCGCUGGUGACGAGCGCCGGCGGUACGUGGCGGGAGGCGCAGCAGGAGAAGUCCGAGGAGGUUCUUGGCAAGAGCUACGUCAAGUUUGCUCCUGUUCGGCAGAACUCGGGCGACUUCGGCAUCAUCAUGGCGACUGUGGCGGCGAAGGAUGUGUACGUGACGUGGGACGGAGAUCCGUCUGGCUGGGGCGACUACCUUCGGAAGGUCAGGCUCCAGUACGACAAGACGCCGGAGGACAAGAAGAAGCUCUUGGGGCCGGAAUUGGUUUCCCGCCUCACGGACAAAGCCUGGGCAGUCUGCGCGGAAGUGGACUACAACCGUUUGAAGAAGCGGAGUGGCACCCGGUAUCUCCUUAUCUUCCUCCGGGACAAGUUGUGCCGCACUCCCGUGCCUGAUGUGGGCACUCGCCUUGAGGAGUUGUUUGUGAAGCUGAGGCGCAGCCCUGGAGUCUCGAUGGCUCAAUGGUCUCAACACUUGAGAGAGACCUACAAGCGACUCCAGAGGUCACUACUUCGAGUUCGACAGGAUCGGCAAUUACGUGGAGUGGAGGCACCUACGACCGGGACGCCCCCAACGGCGAGGGCGGAUCUGGAUGCUUCUCGGACUGAGUCUGGUUCUGGACCACCGGAAGAGAGACGCCCCCGGAGCCAUCCCGCAUCUCCGACUACGAGCGCUACUACCCGGGUGAUUCCGGAAGCUCCAGCAGCUGGUGAUGGAGAACGUGAUGGAGAUGGUGCGGUGGCGGAGGAGACCCGGGCAGCGUCGGGGGGCGGCGGGUCCCCUGGCAGCGAGUGGUCCUGGGGACGUGAUGAGUGGCGACACUGGGACUGGUCUGAAUGGCAGGGAGGUCGUUGCGGAGACGAAGAAGAUGAAGAGGACAUCCCCUGGGACGAGCUCGAGGUUCAGGAAUGUGAUGUCCUGCCGAAGGAGCUGUUGGGUUGGCUUCUUUUGCGAAGGUAUGGCCUGAGCGCACAGGCUAGGUUAUCUGUGCUGGCCUCCACGCACAACUCCCUGAUGAUCGAAGACGUGGAGCGGGCACUACGUGAUCAAGAAGAAGAACUCCUGUUCAUGGAGAGCAAGGGCCAGCAAGAGCGCAAUUACCACCGCCCAAAGAGGACCUAUUGGGUGGAAGAAUCCCAGGAAUGGGGUCUCCUGGACUAUGAGCUGGAAGAGGAGGUGGAGCCUACGGUUCAUUGGGUUGGCCGGCAACUUCCUGAUGAGGUCCAUGCACGGCCUGAUCCUCCUGAAGUAUCUGCAGUACCGGAGGCGGCAUGGUGGUCGGAUUCCUGGACGGAUCCUUGGAAUGGUCAAGAUGGAAUUUGGGCAGCCGCCGAAACCCAUUUCUCGCAGGACGAGCUGAAAGAGCUGGAAGAGGCGUACGCAGUGUACGAAGGCAAGCUCCGGACCUUUGCCCAGGCCCGUGCCCUGAUGAAGAACAAAGCGGUUGGACGUGGUUUCUUUCCGACAGCAAAGGGCACCUAUGGGUGUGGGAGAAAGGGAACAAGUUCUGGAAAAGGGUCCUCGCCUUCCUACGGCAUCUUCAUGGUCACCCCCUGGGACCUGGACGUGAACGAAGACGUGAUCGGUGACGAUGGCAUUAUGCUGGCCACAGAGGCUGGAGGACCCAUGGAGUGA